UAUGCACGGUGUGGUUGAGCUGGAUGGCGGGGUGGAGUGAGAUAGAGCUAGGAUAGGCUGAGGUAAUGUUGACUGGUAGCGUUCGUGGAAGAACACAUAACAUCACACACACAUCUCUGAUCACACCCACUGAGCCCAUUUUUUUAGAGAGACCGACCUCUGAAUCCACCCAGUUAUGCGUUGGGGAGCGUGCAGAGAGGAUAUGACUGUGGACUUCCUGUGGAUAAGGGCCAUGGAUAGCUCGAUGGAGGUCCUCAUCCUGCACAGGUGGAGCAGCCCCUGAUCAUCAGAUCUCAACUGGACACCUGUCAUGCCACAGGUGGCACGGACCAGUGAUGCUUCUCAUCGUGAUUGGCGUGUCUUUCCUCCUGCUGCCGCAUGCCCAGGGCCUGUGGGCGUGUGCCCGCUCCUGCCCCGCCCGCUGCACGUGCACCGACGAGCGGAGCUGCAGCGUGCUGUGCGACCGCAAGGCCCUGUCUCAGCUGCCCAAGGAGUUCCCCUGCGAGGCCUCGGCCAUCAACCUGGACAAGAACAGCCUCAAGUUCCUGGCCGAGCGCGCCUUCGGUACGCUGCCCUCCCUGCGCUCCCUCUCUCUGGACCAUAACAACAUCUCCUUCAUCACCCCGGGGGCGUUCAAAGGCCUGCCCAACCUGCUGGAGCUGCGCAUGGCCAACAAUGAGUACAUCAGCUACCUGCACACGCGCACCUUCACCUCGCUGAGGCGAAUGACGCGCCUCGACCUGUCCAACUGCAACCUCUUCAGCAUGCCCGACCGGAUCUUCCUCGAGCAGGUGGACCUCCGAGAGCUCUUCUGCUUCCAGAACAACUUCCGGCGCAUUCCGGGCCCAUUGCGGGACAUGGUGAACCUGACGCACAUCUACCUGGAGCGGUGCAAGAUCGAGGCGGUGGCCUACAACUCGCUGCUGGGCCUGCUGAACCUCAAGUACCUGAACCUGCAGGAGAACCGUAUCAGCGUCAUCCACGACAACUCCUUCCAGGACCUACGCAAGCUCGAGAACUUUUAUCUGAACGAUAAUGUGCUGUCCGAGCUGCCCCAGUACAUCUUCCGGGGUCUCAGCUCGCUGAAGAUGCUCAACCUGGGCGGGAACCUCCUCAUCAAUGUCUCCAGGACCUGGUUCGGGGACCUUGUAGAACUGGAGGUGCUGUACCUUGACAGGAACCGGCUGCUGUUCAUCGAGGAGGGCGCGUUCGAGAACCUCACCAGCCUCAUCACGCUGCACCUCAACACCAACAACCUCACCGUCUUACCCUUACCCACGUUCCAGCCCAUCUACUUGAUAGGCCACCUGUACCUGUUCCGCAACCCCUGGGUCUGCGACUGCAACCUGGAGUGGCUGAAGGACUGGAUGGAGAACUACAAGCUGGUGAGGGACAUCCCCUGCGCCAGCCCGUCGUCCGUGGCCGGAAUGGACCUGAGCGAGGUGGUGUUCUCCCGGCUCAACGACAGCUGUGUGGACCCCGGGGAGCUGAACGCCACCGCGGCCGUGCCGGACUCGCCCACCACCGAGAGCAGGUUCAAUAGCCUCAUCUCCAAACUGCUCCAACAGGAGCUCAUGGAGGACUCGGCCUACAACUCUUCUGACGCCUUCCGCAAUGGGACCCUAGAGGCCGAGAGCCAGGUCUCAGCUGCCCCACGCCUCCUCUGCUCCAGCCUCAGCCUGUGGUUACUGCUCUUGCUGUUUGCCUGUCUGCACUUAGGCCAGGCUGAUGAUGCAUUGGUUUUGUUUUCUCAGCACUUCAGCAGUGGACUUUGAAAAGGUUUUGGCAAAUAUUUUUUGAGCGAGAGAGAGAGAGAGAGAGAAUUCAAUUCAGCACGAGGUAUUAUGAAUCCAGUUUCCCAUGGCUGAAAUGGAUGAAAAGGUUGGAUUCCGAGACUAGACUGUCAAGGAAAAGUGCUCAUUGGAAAGUGGGAUUUUGACUGCUGCCAACAGAGGAACGAGAAGAAUAUGACACCAAUCUGCAUCUGUGUUCUGUUUCUUUUUUGGGAACGGAAAAAAGAGUCCUGCAGUCAUUAGGUGUUUAGAGCAUACUGGUCCCCUGACAUGAGAAUGGAACUGGGCGCUCCAU